GCGGGAUUGUCCUCCCAGGCUGGCAGCCGGCUUCCAGCAGCACCAUGUCUGCCCUUGGCAUCACUGUGGCCCUGCUGGUGUGGGCGGCCAUUCUCCUGCUGGUGUCCAUCUGGAGGCAGGUGCACAGCAGCUGGAAUCUGCCCCCAGGCCCUUUCCCACUUCCCAUCGUCGGGAAUCACUUCCACUUGGAAUUGAAGAAUAUCCCCAAGUCCUUCACCCAGCUGGCCGAGCGCUUCGGGCCGGUGUUCACGCUGUACCUGGGCCAGCGGCGCGUGGUGGUGAUGCACGGCUACAAGGCCGUGAGGGAAGCGCUGCUGGACUACAAGAGCGAGUUCUCGGGCCGAGGAGAAAUCCCCGCGUUCCAGGCGCACAAGGACAGGGGAAUUAUUUUCAAUAAUGGGCCCACCUGGAAGGACAUCCGGCGGUUUUCCCUGACCACCCUCCGGAACUAUGGGAUGGGGAAACAAGGCAACGAGAACCGGAUCCAGAGGGAGGCCCACUUCCUGGUGGAAGCACUCAGGAAGACCCAGGGCCAGCCUUUCGACCCCACCUUCCUCAUCGGCUGUGCACCCUGCAACGUCAUAGCUGACAUCCUCUUCCACAAGCGUUUCGACUACGAUGAUGAGAAGUUUCUGAGGUUGAUGCAUUUGUUUAAUGAGAACUUCUACCUGCUCAGUACUCCCUGGCUCCAGCUUUACAAUAAUUUUUCCAGCUAUCUACACUACUUGCCUGGAAGCCAUAGAAAAGUCAUAAGAAAUGUGGCUGAAAUAAAAGAGUAUGUGUCUGAAAGGGUGAAGGAGCACCAUCAAUCCCUGGACCUCAGCUGCCCCCAGGACCUCACCGACUGCCUGCUGGUGGAAAUGGAAAAGGAAAAGCCCAGUGCAGAACCCUUGUACACAAUGGACGGUAUCACCGUGACCGUGGCCGACCUGUUCUUCGCGGGGACAGAGACCACCAGCACCACUCUGAGAUACGGGCUCCUGAUUCUCAUGAAAUACCCUGAGAUCGAAGAGAAGCUCCAUGAAGAAAUUGACAGGGUGAUUGGGCCAAGCCGAGUCCCUGCCGUCAAGGACAGGUUGGAGAUGCCCUACAUGGACGCUGUGGUGCAUGAGAUUCAGCGGUUCAUCAACCUCGUGCCCUCCAACCUGCCCCAUGAAGCAACCCGAGACACCAUUUUCAGAGGAUACCUCAUCCCCAAGGGCACAGUCAUAAUUCCAAAUCUGGACUCCGUUUUGUAUGACAACCAAGAAUUUCCUGAUCCAGAAAAGUUUAAGCCAGAACACUUCCUGAGUGAAAAUGGGAAGUUCAAGUACAGUGACUAUUUCAAGCCAUUUUCCGCAGGAAAACGGGUGUGUGCUGGAGAAGGCCUGGCUCGCAUGGAGUUGUUUCUGUUGUUGUCUGCCAUUUUGCAGCAUUUUAAUUUGAAGUCUCUUGUGAACCCAAAGGAUAUCGACCUCAGCCCCAUAAAGAUUGGGUUUGGCCGCAUUCCACCACAUUACAAACUCUGUGUCAUUCCUCGCUCAUGAGUGUGAGGAGGACACACUCAUUCCUGAGCCCCCCACUUUCAAGCAAGUUUUCAAAUUGUUUGAGGUCAGGAUUCCUUAAACCUAUUCCUUUCUUUGCAUAUGAAUAUUUCAAAAUAAACAUUUUCCUGGAAUAUAAAC